AUGUGUCCUACUAAUUUCGUCUCUUAUGCUUCCAUCGGCCAUUGUUCCGAUACACUUAAAGACUUUAACAAGAAUCUCGAGGCCAGUAUAGAUAUGGAGAUUAGUCCUGCUCAAUCUGAGGAUAAAGCCGAUAGUGGCCCUCUCCCUGACAGUGACAUGGAAGAUUCUGGAGUUGUCAUGGGUGGCGAUGUCACCGGUAAGGACGAAUUAAGACAUCACCCUGAUUUGGGUGAGAUGGGUAGAUUUUGGUAG